AUGGAAAAUAAAACAUUAAAGUUCAUAAACCAAUUACCUUGGUAUUCUGGGAAGAAUAUCACUGAAGGCUUGGGGGCAACGAGAAUGGUAAUGGUAGAUUCUGAGGAAAACAAUCUUCAACUUUUGGAGCAACUUCUCCAGAUGAAGUUACAGGAAGUCUUUCACAUAGAAGAGGACUGGUUCCUUCAAAAAGAGAAGGGAUGUCCACAUCUAGUGGCAAGGGAGGCUUGGGGGAAUUU